CAUAUCAGCUUUCUAAUAAAAUGUAUGGUACCUUCAGCCAAAGAAAAAGAAAGAGAGACAGCAGAUGAAGCAGAUCAAAACGGCAACAGAUGCAGAGUACGGGACUCUGAACGUGAAAGUGUCUGGGUAUGACAUGAUCCUAGUGGAACACUAUUCUCAGUACAUCCACAACCUCUGCAAUCGGCUAGGUGUCAAAGUGGCUGAGAGGUAGACUUCAAGAUACUGUGUUACUGGCCUCACUCACUGAUUUUAUGUCCCAAAUAUCCAUGUCUGUUGCAAAGUUCAUAAUGCUUCAAUAGGAGGCACAUAUUUAGCCCUCUUGCAUAGCAUGGGAUUACAUCAUCCAAUGUCUUUUAUUUAUUGAUUAAUUAACAAACCUUAAAGGGAUGAACUAACUAUUCUCCUUAUCUCAGCUAUGCAUUGCCCACUAAGUGCACAGAAGUCAUGGUCAUGCCGGAGCAAGGGACCAAGAUGUAUGUAGACGCCAGCCUCAAGACCCAUGAGCGAAUUGUUCAGGUUAUGGAGUGUUUUGAGUGUUAGUAAUGUGUUCUCUGAACUUUUGGCAGUUGCAUGACAUAACUUUUCACUCUAGCAUUGAUAAGUGUUUUGUUUACAGUUCAGCCAACUAAACGCCACAUUAUGCCCCAUCUUUAUGGAGGUUAUGUUGAAGAAUCAGCCAGAGGGAGUUCAACUCUCUGUAAAGCCAGUGAGCAUAUUCCGUCUAUGUUGACCUCUGCAUGACUUUUCUUUUGCACAUGGAUCAUAUCCUAUAUCUAUGUAAACUUAUUUUGUUACUAACUGUUCAAUAUCAUAACAUUUGCUUUUCUGUUUCCCCUAGCACACAGAGGCAGAUUACCAAGCCCGUUUCAAGGCACGUCCAGAGCUAGAGGGACUGAUGUCACAGAUUACCUAGUGAGAGCAAAGACUGUUCACCCCACACUUUUACCUCAACUGUCAUCAUACUUUUUCUACCGUUUUGUAUUUUUUUCCAUCACAUUUUUUACAUUUUAUAUAAAUACAUUUUGGAUGAAUGUAGGACAUAUACAUUGCUGUUGUAGCUUAAAAAAAAAUAUUUAAUCAAAAAUCCAACUGGUUGGUUUAUUCUUGGUGUAGAAAUUGCUUCAUCGGAUGCUAACAGCAAGAAUAAGGUAAAUACAUGUUUUCAGUACAUUGAUUCAUCAAUGGAUUAACGGUGGUUUAUUGCCAGAUUGCGUAGAUAAAGCACAACCAGAGGCUGACGUGUUCAUGGCGUGGCUGACGGUGCUUCGGUAUGUGUUGUGAAAGCGUUAGAGGCGAAGGUGCACGGUGACUACAGGGGUUGUAACCUUUGAUUUGGCGCCAUCCAUCGGCAACUCCCAAUAAAUACAUUUGGAGCGUCGCGCAUCUAUGGCAACCAAAUCCAGAAACCGCAAACAAUUGUCCAUCCCAUGUUUCUAUUUUCUUACCGUAAGACCUAGCUAGCAGUAACGUUAGCUAGUUAGCGUUCUAUAUUUGUUUAGCUUUUCAUAUUACAUGUUCAUUUUAUUUUGAUCGACUAUGGGGAGGGAUUAUUAUGCAGCAUUGGAGAUAAAUAGAAAUGCAACAGAUGCAGACAUAAAAAAAUCAUACCGACGACUUGCCUUGAAGUACCAUCCUCACACAAACAGCAAACCGGGUGCCUAUGAAAAAUUCAAUCAACUUGCCGAGGCCUAUGACGUUUUGAGUGACUCUCGAAAAAAGGCAACCUAUGACAAGUUUGGAGAAGAGGGUCUGAAAGGAGGCAUCCCACUUCAGUCUGGGGAGACUGGAGCUUGGACAUCAGGAUACAUCUACCAUGGAAACCCAGACAAGAUAUUCAGGCAGUUUUUUGGAGGUGACAACCCAUUCGCAGACUUCCACAUGAAAGAUGGGAAUGAAGUGGCCAUUGGGUUUGGAGGCCUGCGAGGAAGAGGAGUGAAAACACAAGACUCCCCCAUUGAAAGGGACCUUCACUUGGCCUUGGAAGACCUCUUCUAUGGAUGUACCAAAAAGAUCAAAAUAUCCCGUAGGGUCAUGAAUGAAGAUGGACACACAUCCAGUAUCAAGGACAAAAUAUUGACUAUCAUUGUAAAACCGGGAUGGAAUGAAGACACUAGGAUAACAUUCCCAAAGGAGGGUGAUCAGGGACCCAACAGUAUUCCUGCAGAUAUUGUGUUCAUUGUGCAGCAGAAGAGUCAUCCCCAGUUUGCAAGGCAACACAAUGACCUGGUCUUUACAGCCCAGAUCUCUCUGGAGAAGGCUUUGACUGGAUUCGCUGUUGAAGUGAAGACACUAGAUGACAGGAUACUCAAUAUCCCCAUCAAUGACAUUGUGCAUCCAAAAUACUGCAAAGUGGUGUCUGGAGAAGGCAUGCCUCUGUCCCAGGAUCCCUCCCAGAGAGGGGAUCUCAUCAUCCAGUUCGACAUUCUCUUCCCUCAAAAGCUCUCGGCUGAGAAGAAACACCUGAUCAACCAAGCCCUAGCUUUCUGAAUAAACAGCCAUUAAAUAAA